GACUGGCUAACGCGCGUACUGUGUCCCUGGGCAAUCGUUCGUCCGGCAAUCACUCCUACACCAGAGUAAAACUUUUGAGCAAGCUCGAGCAGUGCUGUACGAUAGCCAAAAUAUAUUAAAAUUUAAUUGGCUCACGCUUGCAGACUGGGUUUUGUUAUCUUCUUUUGACAUAGGACGUUCGAUAAUAUAGAUUAACUUAUGCAUUUUAUGAUUCUUUCAUUCUCAAACUAUCGGCAACACCAGAAUGGCGUCCCAAUCUAUUCAGAAAGUUGCCAUUAUUGGAGCUGGCCCGGUUGGCGCAUUAUGCGCAUGUUUCUUGGCUGAGCAUGGAUAUGAUAUAUCAGUCUAUGAAUGGAGAGAAGAUAUGAGACUAACGAGGACCAUGUCGGGCCGAUCGAUUAAUUUAGCAUUAUCAGAAAGAGGCAUUAAAGCAUUACGUUUUGUGGGUCUUGAUAAUAUUGUUAUUGAAGAACUUACAACUCCCAUGUUUGGAAGAAUGGUACAUUCAAAUGACGGGAGACUUUUUAGUAUACCGUACGAUGCAUCUCAACAUAAAUGCCUGUAUUCGGUAAGCAGAAAAGAACUCAAUGAGCUGUUAUUAACAAAACUGGAACGAUAUUCGAACGUGAGUUUAAAGUUUUCUCAUAAACUGACUGGCGUUAAUUUUACAGACGGAUCGUUGUCGUUUGAAAUCUUUGGUAAUCAGAAAGAAAUCGUGAAGCCUGACUUGGUCAUCGGAUGCGACGGCGCUCAUUCGACGGUCCGCAGCCACAUGUCUCGUCUACCGAUGUUCAACUAUUCGCAAAAGUACAUCGAUCAUGGAUACAUGGAGAUAAAAUUACAACCUGACGCUUCACGAAGUCCAUUAUCCCCCGGUCAUCUUCAUAUUUGGCCGAGAGGAACGUUCAUGUUGAUUGCGUUGCCCAAUAAGGAUAAGUCAUGGACUUGUACGUUGUUCAUGCCUAUGGAUGAAUUCUCGCUAAUUAUCGAGGCUGGCAGAGAAAAAGUACUCGCAUUUUUCAUAAAAAACUUCAAAGAUUUUACUGAAUUGGUCGGGAUAAACGAUUUGAUCUUCCAGCUGACUUCGGGAAAACCGCGACCUUUGAUUUCAAUAAAAUGUGACCCAUACCAUUACAGCGAUCAAUUCGUGUUGUUGGGUGAUGCCGCACACGCAAUGGUUCCGUUUUUCGGUCAAGGAAUGAACGCUGGGUUCGAGGAUUGCACGAUUUUUAAUCAACUGCUCAAUGAAUACGACCACGAUCUAAAGACUGUGAUCAAAACAUUUUCCAAAAGAAGAAUAAUAGAUGCAGAAGCCAUUAGCGAUUUGGCCUUUUACAAUUAUAUCGAAAUGCGUGAUUUGGUUGCUCGGCGGACGUUUUUAUGGCGUAAGAAAUUGGAUAAUUUGCUGUACAAAUGGUUUCCCGAAAUUUGGAUACCUUUGUACAAUUCCGUGACGUUCUCAUCUAUCCCUUAUAGCGAGUGUAAGCUUCACAGCCAAUGGCAAGACAAGAUUUUAUUCAAAGUGUUUAUUUUUUUGGCUGUACUACUUUCAUUUUUGCUAUUUCUUAUUAUUUCAUCUUAAGUGGUUUUAUAUUCUUAGAAAUAUUUAAACGCGUUUUUUGUUUUACA